AUGGCGGUAAAAGUUUCAAAUGCAAAAUUCGAAGUUGAGAAAUUUGAUGGAAAAUUUUUUUUUCGAAUAUUGCAAAUCAAUGUUCGGAAUUUGCUAGUGCAACAAGUUUUACAUAUGAAAGGAAAGUUGAAGAAACCAGAAUCCAUGUCUGAUGAGGAUUGGGAAGACUUAGAUUUGACGGCUAUGAGCAUUAUUCGAUUUUGUUUAUUGAAUAAAGUGUUAUUUAAUAUCGUCAAUGAAGAUUUAACAUCAAGUCUUUCGCCGAAGUUUGAGAGUUUGUAUAGGACGAAGUCCCUCACAAAUAGCAUUGAUGGUGGAUCGGUUUUGAUUGAGAAUGAUGCAGCUUGCAAGACUAUUGGUGUUGAGACAAUUACUAUCAAGAUUUAUGAUGGAGUUGUCGAAACCUUGACUGAUAUGAGACAUGUUCCAGAUUUGAAGAAAAAACUUAUUUAUCUGGGUACCUUAGAUUCCAAUGGUUGCAAAUUUGUUGGAGAAGGUGGAGUUCUAAAUAUUCUUAAGGGUGCUUUAGUUGUGAUGAAAGCCAAGAAGAUCAGACCAAAUUUAUAUGUGUCGCUUGGGAAUACUAUAACAGAUAGAGCAUCAAUUUAUUGUAGGGUACAGUUUCACAUGUCAGAACAUACCACAAAAAGUAUUCUUGACGAUAUCCAUUCAGAUGUUUGGGGCCCUGCAUCGGUUAUCUACAAAGGCGGAUCUCUAUACUUUGUUUCUUUCAUAGAUGAUUUGUCUAAGAAGUCACAAAACAAAUAUGGUAGCAGCAACAAUAGUGGCAAAGUUCCCCUUUCAAAGUUGACAUCCUGGAUGAGGCUUGAUUGUAUAUCUAAGAGAGAUGAGCCCGGUGUCAGGGGAAGUGCAAGUCAAAGCACCGGUACGUCAAAGUUGAACUUUCAUCACCAGUUUCUUUAUACACUGAAUUCUGUUGAAUUUAUUGGUGCAAUCCCAGCUAAGAGGUUCAAUGAACGGGUGGCAUUUGAUGAUAAAUUACUCAUGAAAUCCCUUUACAAGGUUAUCAUUCAUAUAUCAGAAACUACUCCAAUCAUCGUAUACCUACGAGACAUUGAAAAGCUCUUAUCUAGAUCUGAAAGAAUUUACUCUUCGUUCCAAAAGAUGAUGAACAAAAUCUCGGGUCCGGUGCUCAUAUUCGGGUCAAGAAUACAUCUUCCCUCAUAUGAUGAAGAGGGCCGAAGAGUAAUUGAUGACAAAGAUGACAAGGUAUCAGAGCUCUUACGAUACAAGAUAGAAGUAAAGCCCCCCAAAGAUAUGAGCAAGCGGGUGAAAUGGAUGCUUUCUGUAGUCCACGAGAUGACGGUGAUAAAAGCUCAAGAUCAUAGAAAUCACAUAGCUAAAUUUCUUAAUGCCAAUGAUAUUGACUGUGAUGAUCUCGAUUCAAUAUGUGUCAACCAAAACACUGAGAUACUUAGAAGUAACAUAGAGGAAAUUGUGGUGUGCUCUCAUUACCUGCUGAACAAUACAGUUCCUAAGUACAGGAAUGGAAUGCUAGUUAUUUCAUCCGAAAGUCUUGUACAUGGACUGCAUUUAUUUCAAGAAGGUAAGCUCAAUGAAAAGGAUUCACCACAGACGGGAGCCAAUUCUAAAUCCCAAAAGGAAGUUCUUCAAGACAACAAGUUCGAGAAGCUACUGAUGCAAGAGGUUAUUGCUGCACAGGACAUUGAUGUCACCUUCUCAGACAUUGGAGCACUAGAAGAUACAAAGAGGAUCCUCGAAGAGCUUGUAAUACUCCCACUUAAGAGGCCUGAUAUCUUUAGGGGACGUGGUCUCUUAAGACCUUGUAGGGGAAUCCUUCUCUUCGGUCCUCCGGGUACCGGGAAAACCAUGUUGGCUAAAGCCAUUGCUAUAGAAGCUGAAGCUACCUUCAUUAACAUUUCCACGUCGACCAUAUCCAAUAAGUGGUAUGGAGAGGCUGAGAAGAUCACAAGAGCGCUAUUCAGACUGGCUGCAAAAUUGGCACCGGCCAUUAUAUUCAUUGAUGAGGUUGAUAGCAUGUUGGGUCGGAGGUCUAGUAACGACAGUGAGAGCGAGGCCACACGUUGCGUUAAGAAUGAGUUCACGGCCAAUUGGGAUGGAUUGGGCACAAAAUCUAAUGAGACGAUACUCGUUUUGGGGGCAACAAACCGCCCCUUCGCUAAAGAGAAGACCGAAGAGCUUAGCUUCAAAGAGCUUGCCUCCAUUACUGAAGGAUACACGGGCAGUGAUCUCAAGAAUUUGUGCACUACCGCAGUUUAUCGGUCAGUGCGAGAGCUAUUGAAGAAGGAAAAAGAAAAAGAAACGGAAAAAGGUGACAUUAAAUCUAAGUCGAAUGAGGAGCAAUCCAGGCCGUCGAUCUCUAGUGGUACCAAAAUGGCAAAGGAGCAAAAAGAAGUGAUUCCCCUCAGGCCACUAACCAUGGAAGAUCUACUCCAAGCCAAGAACCAGGUAAUUUUAUUUCUUGCCUCGGAGGGGAAAAUCAUGAGCGAGUUGCAGCAAUGGAAUGAUAUGUUUGGGGAAGGAGGCUCAAGGACGAAGCAGCAACAGCUCUCCUAUUUCCUUUAACCAUCCUAAAGCCAUGUCAGCUCCUAUCUCCCAAUGGGAGAGUGCCACGUCUCAAUGAGAUCCUCUCUCUCCAAUGGGAGAGUGCCACAUCUCAAUGAGAUCCUAUCCAAUAGGAGAGGGCCUGGGUCAUCAAGCAUUCUUCCUAGGAGCCAAGCUAAGAAAAAGUGAUCAUCCUUUUUAU